AUGACUUCGAGGUUUCCCACAGCGGCAGAAAUGCUAUAUUUUCCUUCACCCAACUAUGUCGAUCCCACAACGCGAAGGCCAUUAGCCAUUGGUAUUAUCACACCAAUGACAGUCUUGGUUGUCGCAUUCAUCUCUUGUCGCUUUUACAGCCGAACAGUCUUGACUAAGACGCUUGGCUGCGAUGAUGGGAUCAUGCUUCUGGCAGCUAUCAUGGCCGUAGGGAACAAUAUUAUGGUCAUCAUCUCCAUGUUGCCCCAGUACCAGAUGGGCUAUCACCUUUGGGACAUACGCCCACAAAUUCUCUAUGCCUCCAUGAAGGCUGCUCAGAUGGGCAUGGCAACGCAAUUGCUUUUCACGGCGAUUAUAACACUAAUGAAGGUUGCGAUACUUUUGACAUAUCUGCGUAUCUUUCCCUCACGACUUAACAAAUGGUUUUGUGGCGUUAUGAUAUUCUACACCAUUUCAUUGAACGUGGCUUGCUUCUUCAUCACACUCUUCCAAUGCGCACCGGCAAGCACUUACUGGAAUAUCUUCAAGUAUAUCGGCAGGACCAAAUGCCUGAACAUCAAGGCGAUCUACUACUUUCACUCAGCGCAGAACACCCUCAGUGACUUUCUCAUCUUCCUUUGGCCAGCUAGAGACCUCCUCAACGUCAAGGUGUCUUUGCGACAGCGCGUUACGCUGAUAUGUAUGUUCUCGCUCGGUGUUAUUGUAUGUGUCGCCGGGGUUGCGCGCUUGUAUUACACGCACGUCUACUUACACUCAUAUGACGUCUUCUGGCAUGGUGCUGAGACUUUUAUCAUCAUGUCCGUAGAGAGCAGCAUUGGCAUAGCGUGUGGCUGUCUACCCGGGUGCAAACCACUGAUGAACCGUCUCUUCCCACGAUACUUCGGCUCCACGAACAAUUCCACAAACCAGUAUCCA